CGACAGUCAAAGCUGCAGGAAUAUCCGUGUGGUUCUUGGUUAUCCCCUAAAUUUGGCCGCAAUCAUGGAUAAUUCCCCGAAUCACGCCGGCGCUGAAUGCCGAAUCUCAGACGAGCCACAGGACGCGACGGGAACCCAGCCGGGCCUCGACGACCCGCAGACAGAAAGACAGUCGAGGGCCCGGCUCAGGAGUGCACGAACGGUAUGGACUUGGACGAUGGACAGAGCUCUAUUGAACGGCCUAAUCCAGGCCAAGGGGGAGGGGCUUGAUAAGGGAAACGGGAAUUUUAGGAUCCGAGGAUGGGAAAUCACCGUUUCCAAGGUCCAGGAGCUCACCAAGCAGCCAAUGACUAGGGAAAUCUGUGAGAAUCGUUGGAGGAAGAUGAAAAGGACGUGGAAGCUCUGGGAACAGCACAAAGCGAGUACCUCCGACUGGACGUGGGAUCCCGCGCGCGAGGCUUUUGUAAACCAACGCGAGGUUAUGGAUGUCUAUUUCAACGCCCACCCUGAGAUGGAAGUCUUUCGCGACCAAGGCCUGAUGCACAAGGACAUGAUCGAACGCAUCUUGCCGGGCGGCUAUGUCCCCAGGCCCUACGGCACCAGGAUGAUGCGCGUCCAACCGCAAUCUGGUCAGCGCGAAGUCGCUCCUGCUGACCGCCCGGAGACCAUCAGCCCUGCGGAAAACCCAACACUGCCGAGCGGACAUGUGGACACUGCGAAUAACACUUAUCCAUUGCCAGCACCUGCAAUACCUGCCAUCCAAAAGAGAUCUGCGACCGAUUCCGCCCCAGCGACCGCGGCCGAUCAAUCCCAAAAGAGACUUCGAGCAAAUAACCUAGGAACCGGUAUAUUGACGGCGGGCGAUAUACUGACAUCGGGAGAUGCACUGGCCGAACCGGCAAGAGAGCUUGCAGCCGCAUUAAUACCACCAUAUCAAAGAGCGUCAUCUGAGUUCCUGAAGGAGAUGGAUCUAAUUUUGCCUGCCUCCUGGAGAGACGGGGAAACGAGCCGCAUUCCCUUCUCCAAAUAUUGCGUGGUUUUAAAGGCUCUCCAGGACCCGUUCGCUAGUGAGACGUAUAUCGCGUUGCUUAGUCGUCCUCGAGACGAUCGAAUCGAGUUUAUUAUGAAUAUUAUUGGGCAGACUCCUGAAUCUAUUUCACCCUCCAACACUGCAACGGAACCGACCUAUUUGCCGCCUCUGCAACUGGCUCCUCAAGAGCCCUCUACGGCGCCUCUGGGAACUGGGGUAAAUGCGUCCUUGCCUUCUGCGCAUCCAACAGCCCCAAACACGCAUAGAAACGGCCCAGUGGCGUCCUGAUGCUUGCCCAGGCGCAAAUCAUGUAAUGUCUCUGGAGCUUGCAAAGCUCCCACAGGCCCAAGUAACCCGAAGACCUGGAAACCCCCCCUCGGUCCCACCUACUCCCUCCCAAGAUCAUAUGUCCGUAUUCAAUUGACUACACGGGUAAUGCUCCUGAGGCACCCUCGUCCGAGCGAUCCUUCAAAACAUUCCAUGAGGGAUAACCAGAUUGUCAACCUAGCAGCCUCGGCUUAUCUGUUUAGUUGACACAGCCUCCCCAUUGCAGACAACAACCUUCGCAUGGAAUUCCUCAUACUCGCUUUUAGUAUACGGAUAUCACUCCUCUCCUGGGUAGGAAAGUCUUUAAUUCUACGAGCUGAACGAGACUGAUAGGACUCGUUCAUUCCACCGUGGCUUUGGCGAGAAGUAUAUAACCUGCGUAUACUGAGGUAGAUACCAGUCGUUCUCUCCUUGAUGACAGGGAAUAACAAGCUGUUUACUCCCUAUAAGACUUCAACUAGUGUGUGGCCCAUAGUAAACCUCGAGCCCGGGUUUGAAUUGAAUUUGUUAUUCCAGACAUACCAGU